GCUGUCGUUGUGUGACAUUUCAUCAUCACAUAAAAAAGAACUUCCAGCGAGACGUGCGCUAUUUUCCUCCAUCAGAAUGGGAAUUCUCGAGAAAAUAUCGGAAAUCGAGAAAGAAAUCGCUCGCACACAGAAGAACAAAGCCACCGAAUAUCAUUUGGGGCUGCUGAAAGCUAAAUUAGCAAAGUACCGAACGCAACUGCUCGAACCGCCGAAAAAGGGUGAAAAAGGUGAUGGUUUUGAUGUCCUCAAGUCUGGUGAUGCUCGAGUUGCCUUAAUUGGCUUUCCGUCUGUGGGAAAGUCAACGUUACUGUCUACCCUAACGAAAACGGAAAGUGAAGCGGCCAACUACGAGUUCACGACAUUAACAUGCAUUCCCGGUGUAAUUGAAUACAAGGGUGCCAACAUUCAAUUGCUCGAUCUUCCCGGUAUCAUCGAAGGCGCCAGUCAGGGCAAAGGCCGUGGACGUCAAGUUAUCGCUGUGGCUAGGACAGCUGAUUUGGUCGUAAUGAUGCUGGACGCCACAAAGCCGAACGUGCAUCGCGAUUUGUUGGAAAAGGAAUUGGAAUCAGUCGGGAUACGGUUGAACAAGCGCAAGCCGAAUAUUUACUACAAACAGAAGAAAGGCGGUGGCCUUAGCUUUAAUUCAACAUGUGCCCUUACUCGCUGCAAUGAGAAAAUGGUCCAGACGAUUCUGCACUCAUGGAAAAUCUUCAAUGCCGAGGUCCUGUUCCGGGAAGACUGCACCGAAGACGAAUUCAUCGAUGUGGUGUCCGCGAAUCGGGUCUAUCUUCCGUGCGUUUACGUUUACAAUAAAAUCGAUCAGAUAUCCAUCGAGGAGGUGAAUCGUUUGGCUCGUGAACCGAAUAGUGUUGUGGUCAGCUGCAAUAUGCAAUUGAAUUUGGAUUAUUUGCUGGAAGCGCUGUGGGAGGAGCUGAGCCUGAUUAGAGUGUACACGAAGAAGCCGGGCGCACCGCCUGACUUUGACGAUGGAUUGAUUUUGCGACGAGGUGUGUCGGUUGAGUAUGUCUGUCAUGCGAUCCAUAGAACGUUAGCGGCACAAUUCAAGUAUGCAUUGGUCUGGGGCACAUCAACGAAAUACUCGCCACAGAGAGUGGGCAUUAGUCACAUAAUGAACGAUGAAGAUGUCAUACAAAUUGUGAAGAAAUAAAAACGGUUGAGAUGGGUUCAAGACAAA